ACACAUUUGCAGAUUUAACGGUCCUCUCGUCCUGCAAUUUAACCAUCUCAGCAAAUGAUAAACAGGGUCAUGUAAUGUUAAUAUCUGUGACAUAAUGUGAAAGGCAGUGAUUUGGUUAACGUCAAUAAAGUCUGUAGAAAUUACAUGCUAUUCCAUGAGGAUUUGAAGGGAUUAAUCGGCAUUAGGCUGUAUUGCUGCUGAGAGUUUGAGAGUGAAGGCAGAGAGAACAGAUUUAUUCUACUGAGGGUUAGAAGCUGCUAUUGCUCUAACCUUUACAUUUCAGCACUUUUAAAAAGGAAUUUUCUACAGUUCAUAUACUUUAUCAAUAUAUACAAAAGAGACGUAAUUGACCAAACUGAAGAAAUUCACUAUUUAAUUUUCAAGAAAACGGACAAGUUGUAAAACAAGGAACACAUUCUUAGCAAUCACAACUGGCUGUUAUGCUAACCUUUAAAAAAAUGUCAAUUUCCUUGUGGGGGGAGCAAUGGAUCAUCCUAGUCUUAGUUCUUCAGUUAGUUCUGGCCCAGAGCCAUGUGAAUGCUGCCAGCCCAAAGUGCAACACAAUAUAUAAAGGUUUUGCUGAGUGUCUAAUCAGCUUUGGGGACAGUCUAAUAGAAAAUGUUCAGCAUAACCAAGAAGAAAAAAUUCUGGAAAACAUUCAGGAACUGCACUCCUUAUGCACAUCGUGGAAUGAAUUCCAAAAGUGCACAAGCAAUGUCCUGGUCAAUUGCCCAGAGUUGGCUGCUACAGUAUGGGAAUCUCUGUUAAGUGAAUCCAGGAAAAUCCAAUAUCAAGGAAAUUUACAUGGCAUGUGCAAUGCCCAGACACUACUUACAGCCAGGAUGGGAGGUUCUGUUGAAACUAAUAAGGAGACACUAAGAGGCUUAGGAUAUGGCCUACAAGGCAACCUGUUGCAAGUUUUACUUUUAUUCCUUUUUCUUUGGCAUAUCUUUGAGUGGGUCUAACAAAUAUUAAAGUAAAUAUUAAAUAAAAGUUUACUCCUAAUCUUGUUGUCAUCAGAGUAAGGAUAAAUGUACAACAAAAGAAAUAAAGAGGGAAUAUGCUUUGAAUAGCAUGAAGGUAACUGAGAUUACUUAACCUUACUUAACUGGAGUCUAUAACCAUUUUUGGUUAUUUUAUUUAUUUGUGGGUUUUAGAUAUUUCAUAUGGGAAUUUUCAUUGCAUCUAUGAACAAAGAAAAAAUUCAGAUACGAUAUGUCUAAGCUUAAAAAAACAGGGGCGCUAUCAUUAAUCAUGCCUGAUGCCAAAAUCACAUUUUCCAUCUUCGAGCUUCCCUGUUCUAUGGGUCCCUGACUGCAGUACCCCUAUGCCCUCUUUAUUAUAGUAAAAAAUAUUAUUGCUUGCCGUGUCAGCUACAGGCUAAGUUGCAAUUAUUCUAUGUUGUUAAGAAGGUGACUUUUAGGAUAACAUAAAUAUAAUAUCCCAAAAUUAUUAUCCUCAUGGUAAAUUUACCAAUAUCUUAUCUUGCCAUCUGAGCUGCAGUUUUCCAACAAAUAUGCAGGUACCUGCUUCCACCGUUCCUAGUCCAUUCAUAGUGUUAACAAGUAAGAAUCAGUGCCUGCAGGUACGGGCAGU